AUCAGAAGCCACUAAUUGUGUACUGCCUUGCCCCUGGGAAUCAAAAACAUUGAUGGAAGGUCCAUGAAAAAGCCACCCACCACAGUUAUGGAUCACAGUCUGACUGAUGCACUUGAGGUGCUGGGUUUCCCCCACGUUGAUCAAUUUAACGUUGUCUUCAUGUCAUCGACUUGCUGAUGGACACCUCUGCUGCGUGACAGACGGCAGGACGACUCAAAACGAGCACGUCUAUUUGCAAAGGGCUUCCGGGAGUGGGAAGGUAAGGGCGCGGGGUGGGGGGGGGAUGCGUCCUCUGCGCGCGUGUGUGUGUUUAUUCAUCAUCCAAAGGGCACAUGAGAAGCACAGAUAUAUAAGAUGCAGCACACCUGCUUGGCUCGAACAACUACAGACCUCGCCAGCUGACCUUAGCCUCUUACCAAAGUUCAGGGUAAGCUUAUUAUUGCAUUUUUAAUGUACACGGCAUUUCAAAACAUUUAACCCAAAAAAUAUAUAUACGUGUUUUUUUUUAAUCAUUAUGAUGUUAUAUACUUGGCAUUGUAGAGAAUUUCACCUCAUUCCUCUUCAUUUCUAUCAUAUUUUAUAAUUCAUGUACUGUUUUAGUCAAUGUUGUAGAUAAUAUCCACACCUUUGGUUUAAAAAGUACUUCUUGAAUUUUUGUCAUUUUCGCAAUUAUUUUUAACGCUAUCACAAAAUCAAUUUGAUAACCAAUUUUAGUCUGGAUCUGCGUAAGAUUUGCCACGAUGGCAAAUGUGUAUGAAUUCAGGUUUAGCGGUGAAAAUCUCAGCUCACAUCUUCAAACUGUCUCAUGUCUGUCAUUUUUUUUCAACAGGUAAGCGGAUGUAUCAAGUUUGACUCACUAUUUGUGAGCCACUCAGUCUCUAUUUGAAACUGUGUGUUUACAAGUGGAGAGAAGUGCAUGAUUUAGUCAGUGGACCUUCCCACCUGAGCAUGUGAGGUGUGUGUAAGGUUACUAACCAGCACUUUCUUAUGCCGACUCCUCAGCAUGUUGCCCGGGAGAGUGACCGAUGUCCAGGCGAGGAGUGGGCUGUCUGCACCCCUGGCUCUUUUCCUCGUCGUCCUGCUCAUCCUGUUCUCCUCCUGCAGCCUCAGCAGCGCACACAGCACCACGGUGGAGCACGACUUCCACAUUGUGCACAACGUUGACAACAGAAGUCCAGAGAUCGACCCCUUCUGGUACGUGGGCCGCGGCGUGAGACCCAUCGGGCGCUUCGGGAAGCGACACAGCAGCGUUGCGGCAGCGGGCGAUGUGGGGAUGCAGCCUGUUGUCAGGAUGUUGGAGCUCCUCAUGAACAGUCUCCGGAACAAGGAGAACCUGGACAAGGUGCUGCAUGGAGAGGAUGGGGACUGGUUACCAUGACAACAUGCAUCUCUCCCCUCACAUCGACCAACAAACUGAGGUUGUGCUUGAUACAACACUCUUGUUUCGUGUUCCUCCCCGGUGAUUGUUAAUAAAAAUCAACCUGCAAAUAUGUGUUGUGUACAUAUGGAAAUGCAGUUUAUAUUGAAUUAAUAAAUGUGAACUUCACAGCG